AUGGAGAAGAUACGUUUGCUGGGGAGAAAGCACAUAGGUAUGGGUCCUCCCCUGCGCAUCAGCGAAUUGAAGCAUGGUGGACUCAUUUCCGGCGAGGCAGAGGGUUGGUGGAUAGACUUUUUUAAGGACAUGGUAAGUGGUGGACUACCGGACAUUGGUAAUGUUAUGCAAAUGAAAGCAUUAUGGUUUUGUUUUGAGGCAGCCCUCCAAAAUGAACUUGACAAAGUGAAGCAAAACUAGAAUACACAUCGUAUUAGGCGCUCAGGCCAUGGCGCUAUACCAGGAGUGACUGAUGUAUUGUUCGACUUACCAGACAGGUCAAGUGCUGUUGACUGUAAAUGGGUGGUGCAAAGUGGAAAUAUUGAUGAAAUGGAGCAGCAUUUAAAUGUGGAAAACAAUGACAGUGGAGCUGACAUUUACCAGGAGUACUUCCAUUAUGUCAUGAAUCACCAAAGCACGCAGCUUCCUUCCUCGAUUGAAGAGGGUUUUAAUCUUUUUUCAAAAUUUGAAAUCUCUAUGUAA